GUCUCCGUGUGGGAGGGAGCUGCAAACUUCCACUUUACUCUUUACACAUCUGUCCGGGAAAAGGCGGAAAAUGUUCGAUCAGAUUGUGGGAAAGUAAGAGGCAAUCCUUCUGCUGAGAUCUCAGGAUGGAAGGUCUUCCCCACAUUGUGCUGUUACUGCUUGUGAUUCAGGACUCGGUGAAUGGUGAGUUCCUUGUCGUUGGACCUGCUGAACCUGUUGAAGCCACAGUGGGUGAAGAUGCCCUGUUGGAAUGCCAGCUUGUGCCAGAUUUAUCUGCCAGCAACAUGUUGGUGCAGUGGUUUAAAUCAGGUCUAGAUUCACCAGUUCAUGUGUACAGACAUGGGGAAGAUGAUGCUGCUGCUCAGCACAGGAAUUACAGAGGAAGGACAGAACUGUUGAAAAAUGAACUGACCCAAGGAGCCAUUUCUCUUCGAAUAAAGAACACAACAGUUUUUGAUAGAGGGGAAUACAGAUGUUUAGUUAAUAGCGGAACCAAUUCUGAAGAAGCUGCAGUCAUAUUGAAUGUCAUAGGUUUGGGUCAUAGGCCCUGGAUUCACAUGAAGGGAUACCAUAAAAACGGAAUCCAGCUUGUGUGUAAAUCCAGUGGAUGGUUCCCUCAGCCAGAAAUCCAGUGGAUCAGUGAAGAUGGACCUGUUUUAUCACAAGCUGAACCAAGUUAUGAUGAGGACUCCAAUGGUCUUGUAAACGUCCAGAGCAUCAUUGUCAUUGCAAAACAUUCAACAAACAGGUUCAAGUGUCGUAUACGCUAUGAACAUUUGGGAAUUACACAAGAAGCACAAAUCAGGAUCUCAGACGAUAUCUUCCCUGGUGAUUGGCUGGCACCUUUACUCGUGACCCUCUGUUGUGUGAUUGCUGGCAUCGCUGCUGUGAUUUAUUGGAGUGUGAAACACCAUCGACAGAUUAAAGGACUAAAACUUCAGAAAUCAUUCGUAGAAUGUGAGUGGAAGAGAAUUUGUGCGUAUAAAGUUAACAGUUUAACCCAAUACCUCAUUGUUCAAAGCAACAGCAUACCCCUUGACCUGUCUACACCCCUGACACCCCAACUUCCCAAUCAAGAGCUUGGCAAAACAAGGAAUCAAAAUGGAGAAUUGAUGAGAUCCUUCAAUCACUUCUUUCUCAUGAUGCAAGGAAGACAUUUGAGUAUUGUGUUGCUCCUUGGUUUUCACACUGUGCUGUCAGAGGUAUUCCAUGUUUUUGUACCAGACUAUCCUAUCACAGUCUCUGUGGGUGAAGAUGUUGUACUAGAGUGCCAAGUGGUCCCAGCUCUAUCUCUGGAUACCCUGGAGGUUCGAUGGUUUACAUCAGAUUCAGCUUCACCAGUUCAUUUAUAUACCGGUGGACAGGAUCGACCUGAUGUACAGGACAAAGAUUAUCAAGGGAGGACAGAACUGUUUAAAGAUGAAUUUCCCCGUGGAAAUGCUUCUCUGAAACUGAAGAAGAUAAAAGUGUCAGAUGAAGGGAAUUACACAUGUUUCGUUGAGUCCAAAACACGCCGUGAUCAAGCAGUGAUAGCUCUGAAAGUUGCAGAGUUUGGACAGCGGCCUUGGAUUCAUGUGGAGGAGAACAACAAAGAAGGACUUUGUGUUGUGUGUCGAUCAGACGGAUGGUAUCCUGACCCACUGAUACAGUGGGUAGAUGGGAAAGGAGAAGAUGUGACAGCACAGUCUGAAACAGAAUUCAUUCAGGACCCUACAGGCCUCAACACUGUCCAGAGUCGUAUUAAUGUCAAAAGUGAUUCUGUAAACAAGUUUUCAUGUUUCAUAAAAAACCAGUUAUUGAGCAAAAGACGAGAGGCCCAUCUCCAGAUAUCAGAUGAGUUCUUCCCCAGAGUCAAUGCUUGGCUUGUAUGUUUCUUGGUGUUUCUUGGCCUUGUGAUUGUGGCUAUUACUGUUGAUGUAAUAGUCCACAGAAAAGAAGAUAAAAAGAUUAAAGAACUACAGGAGUUCCUCACUUUGGAAGGUUUCAAUGAACUGGAAAUAAAUCGUGGAGAUCUUAGUGUGAGCAGCGAACACAGUAGACUAAGAUUGAGUGAAGUGCAGGCCUGGUUAUUCUGCUCAAACCCCACAAAGAUGGAAGGAGUUCACCUCAUCCUGCUUUUGCUGUUUGGGAUUCCAUGCUCUGUCUAUGGUGACUUCCGAGUGAGUGGCCCAGGCCAUCCUGUGGUAGCCGUUGUGGGUGAAGAUGCUGUUCUGGAAUGUUACCUUGUGCCGAAGGUAUUUGUCAACAACAUGGUGGUGCGCUGGUUUAAAUCAGGCAUUCGGUUACCAGUUCACUCAUACAGAAACGGGCAAGACAACACUGCUGCUCAACAUGAGGAUUACGAGAAAAGGACUGAACUGUUUAAAGAUGAAGUGUCCAAAGGCAAUGUUUCUCUUCGAAUAAAGAACACAAGGGUGUUUGAUGAGGGAAAAUACCUGUGCACAGUUGAUGACAAAACAACUUUUGAAGAAACUAUGAUUGAGCUAAAAGUCGGAGCACUGGGACGUGAGCACUGGAUCCAGGUCGAUGGUUACCGUAAAAAUGGAAUUCAGCUUCAAUGUGAAUCUAAUGGAUGGUUCCCACAGCCCCAGAUAUCAUGGACUGGUGGAAAUGGACAGAACCUAACAGCACAGUCUGAAAUAAACUAUCGACGUGACUCAAAAGGUCUUGUAAAUGUCCAGAGCAGUGUAGCUGUAACAAAAGAUUCAACAAACAACUUCAAGUGCCUCAUACAUAACCAUCUAUUGAAAGAAGAACAAAAAGCAGCAAUCCAGAUAGCAGAUGACUUCUUCCCAUCUGUCUCAGGCUGGCUGGUGUUUUUAUCUCUGAUGCUCUGUCUUCUCAUAAUUACUUUAAUCGCUGGGAUCCUUUGGAUUGUGAAACAACUCAGAAAUAUUAAAGAACUGCGGCAUGACAAGACAAUUGAACAAUAUGAUCCGUGGAAAUCUGUCAGUAAUUCAGAUUGGAAGAAUAUUUCUAAGUUCAAAGUCUCUGUAAAUCUGGAUACAGAAACAGCAAACCCAAAGCUUGUGGUAUCUAAAGAUCGGAAGAACGUGAGAUUGACCCAGACAGCAUUGAGUGUCGACGACAAUGAAGAGAGGUUUACAGUUUCAGAAUCAGUGCUGGGAUCAGAGGAAUUUACUUACGGCUCACACUACUGGGAGGUGGUGGUGGUGGGGAAUCAGCAGUGGACUAUGGGAGUAGCCACACUGUCUGUAGAGAGGAAGAAAGAAAUCCAAUUGAAACCAGAGAAUGGGCUGUGGACGAUUGGUAGGGCUGGGGAUAAAUUUCAGGCAAACUCUGAAAAUACAAUCGAUAUCCAAGCUGGUGAGACUCCCGUCAAAAUUGGUGUUUAUCUCAGUUAUGAGUCUGGGACUGUUUCAAUUUACAGUGCAGAUACAAAGAUUUACCUGUACACUUUCACUGGAUGUGCAUUCACAGAGAAACUGUAUCCUUUCUUCAGUACAACAGACUGUAACACAUGGCUGAGAAUCUGCCCAGUUUAGCAUUGUUUCUGUGAAAAGUUUCUGACCUGACGGUUUCUACAAAAUAUUUUACAGUUUAACAGGAAAAAAGGGACCAAGAAUCAUCCCAUUUUACAAAACACUGUCUGAUUGUCUGAGCUUUUAAGUAAUGUAAUAUGUGUUUGGAGCUUUUAAGUAAUGUAAUAUGUUUUUGGAGCUUUUAAGUAAUGUAAUAUGUGUUUGAUCAGAUUCACAGUGAGGAGGUGGUUUCCCUCCAUGUAAACCACUGAUAGGCUGGGGAUUGUCACACUUUGGUAACUGAUGGGUUUCCCAUCCGCCUGCUACCAAGGGACCUGAUGGCCGAGUGGUUUUAUUGUUAGACUAUGAAUCCAGAGACCCAGAUAAUGUUCAAUUUUUUUCUAAAAUGUCUGGAAUUAAGAGUCUAAUAAUGACCAUAAAUCCAUUGUCAAUUGUUGCAAAAACCCAUCUGGUUCACUAAUGUCCUUUCGGGAGGGAAACUGCCAUCCUGACCUGGUCUGGCCUACAUGUGACUCCAGACCCACAGCAAUGUGGUUGACUCUUAACUGCCCUCUGGGCAAUUAGAGAUGGGCAAUAAAUGCUACCCUAGCCAACAGUGCCCUCAUCCCAUGAAUUAAUAAAUAAAAUAAAAAGAUUAUUCUGGCAUCCGUGUUACCAGAGACUUCACUGUUUCAACUGAGUCUUAGGAUUGGUUUGCAGGUAGUUAAUGUGGCUUGUCUCUCAGUCUGGAAUCAGAUGAGGGUCAACGUGACAAUAUACUUCAAAAGUAAAUGAGCUGGAUUUUCAGGGAAUAGAAUGAGUACCUGAUGUGGGAAGCAAUGUCAUACUUAACAAAAUGAUUUAAAAUGAUUUUGAGACAAAAUAGAAACUGCUGGUAAAGCUCAGCAGGUCUGGCAGUAUCUGUGGAAAGAAAUCAGAGUUAACGUUUCAGGUCGAGUGACUGUUUUCCUUCAGGGUGCAGUCAGUAUGUAGCUAAUGGUUCAUGUGUUUUACUAUACAGCUUUUAUUCUUUGGAGUUAGGUUUAUGUAUACAAAAUGGAUAAAUGUAAAACAAAAAGCAUCUUCAAUUCCAUUACACCUGAAAGGUUAGGGCAAUGUUUCUUUAAGAGGUUAACAUCUCGAAAUGUAUGAUCAUGAAAGCAGGUAGAAUUGCUUGGCUGGAGAGGCAGAGCUGUAGUGGUGAAGCUGCUUGCAAAGAAAUACAGUUGAGGGAGAUGUUUUUAUCUGUAAUUUAGAGCUAAAUUAUAAUAAAAGUUUUACUGAAAUCUGAUCCAAGAAGAAAUUGUAAAGGAAGGAUACUCAGAGAUCAGUGUGACUAUAGCCCAGAACAGGUUACAUCAUUAUGGUCCUGGGGAGAGCUUAAGGAGAUUCUCUGGUUUAAAUUUCUGUUUGCUGGGGGAAGUGGUUAGUUGUAGUUUUCGAACUGGGAGUGUUGAAGCAAAGAAAUGGCUCCAAGCAACACAAGUACCGUCAUUAGCAGUCCGUAGGUAGUUCGGUCCCAGAGAGUAUGGCUCCAAACCUUUUGAAAAGGGGUUAAAAGACAGAAGCCCAGUGCAGCUGAGUGUGGGAUGAAGGAAGUUCACAAAAAGUAUUUGCUUCCGAGGCUGGAUCUUGAAGAGUGAAGAUUUGGACUCCCUUGUGAAGGAAACAAAAUUUGAAUGAGAUUUUGUGACACAGGGUGGUCACUAAUAUCUGGAUGGGUUCCUGAGAAAUCUACAGACCUUGUCGUGGUUGUGUCUGCCAUUCACAGUGCAGAAUGUGGGGGAGCCAACCACAAUUUGUUUGUUAACUCAGCGUUGCCAAGUUAAUUCUGAAUGUUAAAGUAUGAGUUUUUUUAAAAAGAGAUACAUAACCAACUCCUUGUCCUGUUUUCCAGUUAAUACUGCCUAAACUGAUGCUUAUUUCCAUGUUCUGCUACUUUUGUUCAACUAUAUGAAGUAUUUUGUUUUUACUUGCACAGUAUGAAUUGUAUAAUUGAAUAUUAUGACUGUGAUGGGGCAAUGUGCACGAAUAAUCAAGCUCCACGACUCCUCCAGUGGCAUCAUUUGUAUAAAUGGAAAAUACCCAAUUGCUCCUCUUUU